AUGGCAUCCCUGGAGAACCAGCGCCCUGGCGGUCCGGAAUUCCCAUCCCGCCUCACGGCCCACCACCUCACGCCCCGCCGCCUCACGUCCCACCGCCUCACGUCCCACCGCCUCAAGUCCAACAACCUGAGUUGCAGCCUCCUCAGCCUCCUCAGGCCCCACUGCAUCCGGGACACAACCAUGGUCAACACGGGCACCACUACGACCAUCACGGACACCACCAAGGCCAGCACGGGCACCACUACGACCAUCACGGACACCACCAAGGAGGGCAGCACGGGCACCACUACGACCAUCACGGACACCACUACGACCAUCACGGACACCACCAAGGCCAGCACGGGCACCACCAAGGCCAACACGGACACCAUGGCCAGCUCGGAUACGCUCACGAUCAGCCUGAGUACCACGAUGACCAGUUUGGACAACAUUACAACCCCCUAG